UAACAGGUGUGCACACUUUACACAGACCAGCGUGCUCUCACUCUGACAGCUGUCAAGAUUCACAGAGAUCUCCUGAGCAUUUGGGAAUUAGCAGCAGAGAAUAAGCACUAACGAUGGCCAACUUUGGAGGACAUGCCAUUCCUGGCUCUUUUUUCAUGCUCUAUGGCUUUUGGCUAACAGUAAAACACAUUAUCCAACACUACUGGAGGACAAGUCAGCCUAAAGCAAGACAGAUCAUGCCGCCUUUCUUAAAGAAGAUGGACUACGCCGAGGGAGGAUUUCAAAUCUUUGCUUCAUUUGUUGGUAUUAUGGUUGAACAGUUUGUGGUAGACGGGCCACAUGCUCACCUCUAUGACAGCGAGAAGAAUUCAUGGGUCAAGCUGAUGAACUGGCAGCAUGGUACAAUGUAUCUGUUCUUUGGGCUAUCUGGAAUUGCAUUAAUUGCCAGUACAUCCAAACUGGUGCCAACUGGUAUUGACCGCCUUGCUCUCUCCGUGGCUCUUUUUAUUGAAGGGUUUUUAUUCUAUUACCAUGUGCAUAAUCGGCCCCCUCUGGAUGCUCACAUCCACACCCUGCUGCUGGUGGCUGUGUUUGGUGGAUCGGCCAGCACUAUGCUGGAGGUGUUCGUAAGAGACAACAUUAUUUUGGAGCUUCUCGGGGCAUGCCUGUUCAUCCUGCAGGGCACGUGGUUCUACCAGAUUGGAUUUGUUCUUUUCCCACUGAAUGGACAAGAAUGGGACUUGAAACUGCACGACAACAUGAUGUUCAUCACAAUGUGCUUCUGCUGGCAUUUAGCGGUGGCCAUGCUUUUAGUCGCCUGCACUUCCUCUAUAGUUUGGCUCACAGUGAAGCGAUUCUCAGCAAAGGGGAGGGACAUUGAGAUUGGAAUGCGAAACACAUUCUCUAAAACAAGCUCCCAGAAAGCUUUGCUUGAAGAGUCGGAUGAAGAGUGAAUGCAUGGUUAUUCUUUAAAACUCUACUAAAAUUUGAUUAAAUUUUCUAUGUUGAUGGUCUGUGUCUAUGACCAAGUCUGCUGUUUGGUACAAUGUACUUUCUACUGUUUUUUUGUAAAAUAAAUUAACAAAAUAAAACACAAAUCUGUUUAAA